UGUUGUCGUUUACGUUACGUUACUUACGUUAUUUCAAUAUUCAAUUCAAAUCAGCAUGUUUAGUCCGAACAAUAGUAAAAAGGCGUCCAAGCCAAAGCCAAGAAGCAAGCAGCGUCAGCCAGUAUCAUUUCAGGAAUUUAUUAAGCUUAUAGAGAACCUGCCGAGCAUUGCAUUCAAGGUCCAAUGCGACCAUGCUGGGAAUGGUGAUGUCGAUGGAGUCAAGAAAACGCUGGAAAAGUGUGCAAUGUGGUAUUACAACGCCUUCUACAAGGACGCCACUGUCCGCGAGCGCUACCCGUUUAGGCUGUGCGCGUGUCCCCAACAAAUCAAGGAUAGGUUGCUCUCUAUGCCGGAAGCAGAAGAGGAUGCAUCGCCCGAAGAGUUUGAGCAUGAAUCGGCCGAUGGUGUAACAGUCGAAGUGGGCAAAAUGGGAAAGUUCAACUUUCCCGUGUCUUACUACACCUUUAAAAAGUACGUGGACAAGAAGAAGGUACGCCAUUUUAUGAAACACAAGCAUAAAAGCCCGCCAGCAGACCUGCCCGACGCCACUCAGAAACAAAAUCGGUGGCGGCGAUUCUACAAAAACUUCUACUUGUUUCCCAAAAAGCGAAAGUCUACCAAUAUAUUCCCCAAGGCACCUGAUGCUCUGAUGCCAAAGUUGUUGGAAUGUGGCCAAGCCAUGGAUGAAUCGGCAGUCAAGAGUUUGGCUGAACAUAACAAAAGCAGCGACUCUUCGAUUGUGAGCUAUGAAGAAUUCGCGGUAUAUUUGGAAAACCUGUACAGUAUUGCGUGUCACCUGAAGCUCAAUGACCCCGAGUAUGCGCCCAUGGGCUUUGAGGAUUGUGCCUAUGCUUAUUACAUGGCAUUCUAUCUGACGCCAGAGAUUCGGGAGCGAUACAAGUACACCCUGAAAGCGUGUACCUCGGACAUGAGCGCUCGCCUACUGGCCAUACCCAGUCGCAAGGAAGCUAAGAAGCUGAGGCGAACUUUUCCAGAUUUGAUUAAACUAUCCCCAGAUCUGAAGCGACCCAAAAGCUCAGAUUGUAUCACGGAAACGGAUAACGAUGCACCUGUGGCCUAUUUGAUUUUUAAAAAGUACAUCAAGAAUCUAAAUAAAAUCACCAAGCAAAUGCGGAGCUGCGACGAGUACAAGCAUCUAUCCAAAAGGCAGUGUACCAGGGAAUACUUCAGACAGUUCUACAGCUCGCCAGAAAUCCGCGAACGAUUCCAGUUCAAAUUAAAACCAUGUCCCGAAGUGGUACGCGAAAAAUUGCUGAGUCGGCCGACCUGCUCAGUUAUUGCCGACAGUCCUAAUGAACCCAAGGAACUCGACGAACCACAGCUUAUCAAACCAAUUAUAACCUUUGAAGGCGUCACACCUCAUAUGGGAUGGGAAUAUCCCAUACCCCCGCAAUGCUUUUGUCAGUACAUCAAUUACAAGGACCUGAUUUACCAGAUCAGGACAUCAGACCAAGAGAAAAUAAGGAAAGAUGCGACGAAUCUUACGGAUGAACAGUUGAUGCAACGCUUCUACCACGCCUUCUACACAGAUGAGGGCUUCCGGGUAAGGUACCACUACUCCUUUAGAGCUGCGCCCCCCGAGCUGCGGGUGAGGCUUCUCCAGUUUGCUCAGCGUGUGCGCCAAUCGGAGUCAGAAGGGGCAUCGAAUGGAGUUGAAAAGGCAGCCGAACAGAAUCGUACAGAUCCACUAGAGGCAGCCCCAGUGUUCCUUUCUAAAAUACGCGAGAUGCUGAUCCGCGAUGUCCUGAGAGAUCAUCCACGAGAUGCAAAGAUGAAACGGCGGACCCUAUGGGAAGCACAGACAGUGACUCUGAUCUGACUGUGAUCACUUUCAAAGGCGUAUCUUAUGAAUAUCCGGUUACGCUGAAAACAUUCCUAAUGUACAUAAACCACAAGGAUUUAGCGAGGGAGCUGCACAGCAAAGCGCAUAGCACACGUACCUUAAGCGACAAAAACAUGCUGCGCCGCUUCUAUCACACCUUCUACCUGAAAAAUCAUAUUAGGAAUUAUUUCAACUAUAAUUUUAGUGAGAAGACCCCUCCUAUGUUGCUAGAAAAGCUAUAUGCAUUUGCCAUUCCCAUUAAAAGCGAAAAUAGUACUGAAAAAAUUGCCCUUACAGGGUAAGAAACAAUCAAAAAUGAAUUGAGGUCUUUCAGUUGUUAAUUUUUUUAUCUUUGAAUGCUAUGAAAAUGGAUGCAGCUGCAUCGAAACUAUGCAGAAAUGACAGAAGAUGUACUACAGGUUCAUUUGAAAAACCUCGGCCUUUUUAUAAAUUGUAUUGAACGAUAAAUAUUAUAGCACUCGAAUAUGUAACAAUAACUUUUCUGGAUAUUUUACGUCAAAAUGAAGUUGAAGGGAUCUUUACGGUACAUCGGUGUAUAAUGGUAUAUUUAAUCAGUUUCAUCAAUUUAUUAAAUUCCUUUAUUACACAUUUACAUUUACAAAGAGUAU